AUGCACGUGCCCGCGACGAAAAGGACCGAGGUGCUUUCACCAAGGGAAGUUUACGCGGGUGCUGUGCCACAGGAACAACUGUUAACAAGGUUUCUCUCUCAAAUGGAGCAAAAACUGAUGGAGUCCGAAAACCUAGAUGACUUCCGCGGAUGGGUGAGAGAACACACCCAGAGGCACCAGGUCUCACUGUCCGAGGUGCCGCGGCACGAGGGAAAGCCGUGGCAGGGCUCGACCAACACCUGCCAAAAGAACACAGGGACGGUGCUGUCGCUGGCGUCAUUGGUAGACCUAUACAACAGUGGUGACCAUCAGGCAGAGGGCAAUGGCUCCAGCCACAUUCACCACAUCGAGAAGGGCAAAGAUACGGUUGAAGAUGGCGGCAACAUACAGCCACCAGAAUCUCCUCUCAGCAACUGCCCGUCUCUGCCGGAAUCACUUCGUGUCGACACGCCCACCCGCACCAAGAAAAAUGUGGAGAGCCCAUCAUCGGUGCCAGUCAUGACUCCAGUAUUGUCGACACAGAAUGGGAGUCGCGUCGUUGUGGGCCCCGGGUCAAAGACUUGGCUCGACGACGACGACAACAGCACCAAUAAGGAGGUGGCCUCUUUCCUCCACUUGUCAUUCUCAUGGGGGUCGAGCAUGUUUGGCGGCGGACUCAGCUCGCUGGGACUUGGCAAACACUACCUCGAGGACGACUCCAACCCACUUGGGCAGGGUGGUGCACACAACAACGCCAACGAGUCAACCUCACUGCUCAUCGAUGCCACACGCAGUGUGUCUUCUGGGUACCCCCGCGGCCAGGCACCGUCGCUCCCUAAGGGCGCGUCAGUUCUUGAAUUGUGCAGCGGUGACGACUUCGCGGCGGGCAUGCCUGUGUAUUCUCUCGACGGGAACUUACCAGAGCGGUGCCUGCUCUUCUCGCGUCCCUCGUCGCGGCACUCGCCGGUGCUACGUCCCGUUGAAGAGGUUCAGGAAAUAUUAAGGGGCAUCGACAUCCCAUACUUUGAGGAAUUGGAAUCCCCCAGCGUGGAUCCUGUGGAGCUUUUCAACCGCUACGGAAGCAGCGUAUAUGUCUUCGCGUGUCUCAAUAUAUUUCUUCGCUACAGUUUUUCGUGGCGUUUUGGGUUCAACGUGGAGCGGCUUCACCGCUUUUACACCACUGCCGCUACAUACAUACGCUCGCGAAAUCCGUUUCACAACGCGAUUCAUGCAUUCGAUAUCGUUGUGGCAACGCACCAGUACCUGAUGCAGCCGUAUCUUGCGGAGAACUUCAGUGAUGAGGAGCUCUUCGGGCUUCUCUUCGCGUCGUCGGUGAUGAAACUGGGUCACAUAGGAGCCAGCAACAGUUUUCUUACUGAAGCCCGCCACCCGUACGCUACCACGCAGAGCUACCUCUCCCCGCUGCAGAGUGUCAGCGUCUCGCUUGCGUUCGCCUUGCUAGACACCCCGGAGUGCUGCUUUCUCACCUUUGCAUCUCCGAACAAGACCGAGUUCCCUUCGGUCACAUCCGUCUGGACGCGUGAAAUGGACACCGCGCUGCACGAGACCGUCGCUAAGCUCGUGAUGGCCACCGAUGAACGGAAUCACGAAACACUCUUCAGCGAGCUUGGGAAGAUGCUUGGGGAGGGGGGCGGAACGGUCGUGCGCGAUUCUCACAUAAUGCCCCUCAUGCAAAACGUGUUGCAUGCCGCAGACUUUUGCUACGUGAUUCGCCGCCAAUCAGUCUACGCUUUCGCCGCGGCGAGGGCGGUCGCAGAAGUCUACCGGCAGGAUCAUAUCUUUCGUCGUCUCGCGAGUGUGAACAUCACACGGCUGUGGAGGCACGGCUUCCACUUCUUGCCUGCCGCAGACACCAAAGAAGCAGCAGAUCCCCCCACCAGCUUCGUUCCGGCCUCUGUCGUCGAGAGGGUGCGCUCUCUACGGGGGGCACGCAGCACUGACCAGGUAGGCCCGCUGUCGUUUCUCUCAGAUUCGACUGGGAGCCCCGCAACCAGCGAGAUGACUGCGACACCACGGGAACCGACUGCUGUAGAUGGGGCGCCUGUGCCGCACAGCGAGCACUACGCCAAGAAGAUGCAGCUAGCGGUGCUGGAGGAGUUGUUCUUGCCGUACAUUCGCGCCAUGACGCCGUUUGUGCCGCAAUGGUGGCUGACGAACGCGCAGCAGAAUCUGGCCUGGCUGCGUGAGUACUCUGCGGACGCAUUCGAGGNACGCCGUUUGUGCCGCAAUGGUGGCUGA